AUGCCCGCACCGACAACACCCAGCGAUGGAGACGUAAUACUCAACAGAGCCAGCGUUGCUCUGGCCAGGAGUCAGCGGCUUGUCGCAUCAUGGCUUUCUCCACCCACGGCUGAGGAGAGCGCGCAGUCCAAGUCCGAGGAGCAGCUUGAGAAGGAAGAUCAAGAUACAUUUACACCGGUCCCUGAACUACUCGGUGUCGGAGCUCCUCUACCACAAGAGAUCCCGGACGGCAGCUUCAAGCGCUCACAGCUAUCAUCCAGCGACAAGCUGCGGAAGCAGUUACUCGGAAAGAAUGCAGUCAGCAAAGCGAGCGGAAGCCAACACGUCCCUUCGAAGCAGUUGAUGUCUACUCGGGAACCAAGCAAGCCCGUGAAGCGACCGUAUACAGAGGAUAGCGAGGAUGAAGAGGAAGGUCGAGCUUCGUCCUUCAAAUCCAGAAGGGCGCGAUCCAACAACGUCUCACCUGCGCCACUGCGCAAACCCACUGCAGCGCAGACCAAGGACGAGGAUGAGCAUGUAGAGGACACGGAUGGGGACAGCAAGGGGAAUGGUCUGGCGAGUCGGCCACCGAAAGCCUCAUCACCAGUACUUUCAGCAAAAGUCAAGAGACCCACAAGUAGUUUCCUUGAUGAUGUUCUGGCAGAGAAGGCCAAGAGAAAGAAGAAAAAGAAACACAAGAAGAACAAGGAGGCUGGGGCGGCGGCCACCAACAACUAG